UGUAUGGUGGGUGUGGUGGUGUGUAUUGUGAUUUUUGUGGUGGUAUGUUUGGUGUAAAGUGUGGUGUAAAGUGUGGUAGGUAUGGUGUAAAUUAUUGUGAGUGUGGUGUGAAGUAUGGUGAGUAGUGAUCACGACGUAAUGUAUUGUGAUUGUGGAGGUAUGUAUGGUGUAAGUUAUAGGGAGUAUGGUGCAGCAUCUCGGCUUUAAUUUUUUUCUGAUCUUGCUUGUUCUGCUGAUGGUAAAUUUCUCUUUUAGAUUUUAGAUACAAAUGAAAACUACACAAAAAAAAGUGUCUGCUCACAAAUCCUCAAGACUACUGCAUUUUUCACCUUUUCCUUUUUCCUUUAUCUGUUUUUCUUUUCCACGCUUUCACCUUUUCUCUCUUUCUUUUUUCUCUUUGUCACUUUUUCUCUCUUUCUUUUUUCUCUUUGUCAUCUUUUCUCUCUUUCUUUUUUCUCUGUGUCACCUUUUCCCUCUUUCCGCUUUGCCCCCUUCCUCCGUUCCUCUUUUCCCAUCUCCCCUUCGUCCGCCUCUCAGAUGGGCCUCCAGCGCGUCAACUACCACGUCGAGGGCGGCUGGGACGCCCUCAACGUGGACGGCGGCGGGGGCGUGAGGCUGUGGCGCUCCCUGGACCGCGAGGCCGCGGGCGGAGGCCUGGGCGUGGCGCGGGUCAUCGCCGUGGACGAAGGGCGGCCGCCGCUCAGCGCCACCGCCACCCUCACCCUCUCCGUCACCGACGUGAACGACUGCCCCCCGCGCCUCCUGCCGCCCACGCUGCUGCACGUCCCCGAGGGCGCCCCUGCCACCCGCGCGGGCGUCCUCACCUGCACGGACGACGACGUGUGGGCGAUGGGGCACGGGCCGCCCUUCAACCUCUCGCUCUCGCCCUCCAACCCCGCCCACGUCCUCCAGCUGCUGGCGUUCAAGUACGACCCGAGCCUGGACAGCGGCCGGGGAGGCGCUGAAGUAUGGACGGCAACGCGCGUGGACCGGGAACAGUACCGGGAACUGGUGGCGGAGAUUGUCAUGACAGAUGCCGGCGGUCUGUCUGCCACCCAGCCCGUCACCAUUGUCAUCGAUGACAUCAAUGACAAUCCCAUGAGACCCGGAGCCAAGACGGUCUACCUGUGGAAGUUGCAGGUAAGUGUGCAUUUCGUCCUCGUAGAACAUUUCACUGAUUUAUGUCCAAGACGCAAACAGUGA